AUGGCCUGGUGCGACUCGUUGGAGAAGUCUUUGUCGAUCUUGUACCGCAUCCGCCUAUGUAAGGGCUGUCGUCAGCGUGGGCGGACCGCGGCAGCAUUGCGCGCGUCCUGGAUGAGGUCGUGGGGGGAGGAAGAGCGAGUCCAUGAGGGCCCACGCAUAGCAGAAGGGCUUGGCAAGGAGAUCGAGGGCGCGUACCUGGAGGACGGCAAGGGCCUCAGCAACUGGGAUGUGUUCACCCACACACCUAGAAGAAUUAAGGAUGGACGGAAUGGGGACAUAGCGGAUGAUCACUACCAUCGUUACAUGGAGGACGUGGAGAUUAUACAUAGUUUGGGGGUCGACUCCUACAGGUUCUCAAUCUCAUGGGCGAGAAUCCUACCAAGUAUGAACGCCAAGAAGAAUACACGAUUAGCACUAAUAAGGUUUUUGCGGUUUAGUGGAGGUCAGCUUGGAGGCGUUAAUUCAGCCGGAAUAGCCUUCUAUGACCGCCUGAUCACGGCACUCCUUCAGAAAGGGAUAGAGCCGUUCGUGACACUGCAUCACUUUGACAUGCCGCAAGAACUGGAGACCCGGUACGGCAGUUGGCUGGGCGCUGGAAUCAGGGAGGAGUUCGGCUACUACGCGGACGUGUGCUUCAAGGCGUUCGGCGACCGGGUCAGGUUCUGGACCACCUUCAACGAGCCCAACCUGUUCGCCAAGUUCGCCUACAUGCUGGGCAACUACCCUCCCGCGCACUGCUCACCGCCGUUCGGGACCUGCAACAGUGGGAACUCUCGCCGGGAGCCCUACGUCGCGGCUCACAACAUGCUGCUGUCGCAUGCUGCCGCCGCAACGCAAGGCGGAUCGAUCGGGAUUGUGAUCGCGAUGAAAUGGUAUGAGCCGCUGACCAACUCCACCGAGGAUAUCUUGGCAGCAAGACGGGCGUUGUCCUUCGAGGUGGAUUGGUUUCUGGAUCCGAUAUUCUUUGGUGACUAUCCCAGAGAAAUGUGUGAGAUGUUAUCAUCAAACUUACCAAAGUUUACCUCAGAAGAGAAGAGGCUGCUACGGAAGAACAACGCAGAUUUUAUCGGGCUAAAUCAUUACACAUCGAUUUACGCCAAGGAUUGCAUCUCUUCUCCAUGCGACCUUGAGACUUAUGAGGGAAAUGCGCUGGUGCAAGCUGUAGGUGAAAGAGACGGCGUGACAAUUGGAAAACCAACUGCAAUUCAUGGUUACUAUGAUGUUCCGGAAGGUAUGGAGCUAAUCGUCAAGUAUGUCAAUCAGAGAUACAAGAACACGCCUGUCUAUGUUACCGAAAAUGGCUACUCGCAGUUUAGUGACAAUAGUAUGGAGGACUUGAUCAAUGACGUUGGAAGAGUAAACUACCUCCAGGGCUAUCUCACAAGCAUCUCUUCAGCAGUCAGGAGAGGAGCAAACGUGAGUGGCUACUUCGUGUGGAGUCUCAUGGACAACUUCGAGUGGCGUUUUGGUUUCACCGUGAGGUUUGGGUUGUAUCAUGUAGAUUUUGAAACGCGGGAGAGGACUCCAAAAAUGUCAGGGAAUUGGUACCGUGACUUCCUCACGGGGUCUAGGCCGGUCGACCAAGCCCACACCCUGAGAGAAGAUUCAUGA